AUGCCGUCUUACACCCUCCGCAUUUUUCUCUACCUCGCGCCCUCCCUCCUCGUGCUAUCGUUCUCCGCCUUGUUAGUCAUCCUCGAGCGCGUCACCCAGUCCCUCUUCCGCUCGCAUACGUCACGCGACUUCCGCUCCGGCUCCGUGGGCCUCUUCCUCGGCACCGACCUCAUUAUCGAUGAAGACUACUCGCCGACAUGGGCGAUGCUGGGCGUGAGCGCGCUCGGCAUACUGCUCUCGUGUUUCAGUGCAGCGGGCAUGUGGGAGCUGCGUCGAGUGGAUGGGACGCGGGGUGCGGGCCAGCGUGUGUGGUGCUGGGGCGUCAUCGCGAUGAACGCCAUCAUACUGGGCGUGAGCGUGGGCGUGCUGGCCUGGACGAGCAGUCUGCAGGCGGCGCAGAGCGGAGUGAACUUGAAGGGCGGCAAAGAGUAUACGCGGGAGACGUGGGUGUGUCGAAUCGAUGCGCUGUACACAGACGAGGAGUGGGCGGGGAGCGCAUGUGGGACUGCGAAAGCGAUGCGCUUCAUGCUCAUCCCGAUCGCUAUUGCCUCUCUCCUAGCCAUUGUCGCAGUAUGGUUCGCGGCAAAACCUCGAGGCGGUACCGGCUGGUUGCUCAGCGGAAAGGGCCGCUACGCAGGCUUCCAGAGCGUGUAUGAGAUGGGACCUCCAGGACCUCCGCCGCAGUACCAGCAUGCCCCCCCUCAGUUCUAUCCCAUGCCUCAGGCCUACCCGCAGCAAGGAUAUCCACAACAGGGAUAUGCACAGCCUGGGUAUGCGCUGCCACCGCAAGGCUUCCAACCGGGACAGUAUCAACCUCAUCCGGGCCCAUAUGCGCCUGCGCCGCCGAUACAGAAGAGUGCGGCAGCAAGUGAUCAGCCUGUAUUCCGAUGA